UACUAUAGUGUGUGUUAAACAACACAUGACUUCCUUUUCUGUUGUCGUUUCUCUCACAGACAGCACUUCUUCUUCAAUCAUCGCAAGUAAUCCAUUCAAUUGGGUAUCAAUUGGCCAUAAAACACAAUGGCUAAGAAAGGUUUCGUCAAAGUGGUUAAAAACAAGGCUUACUUCAAGCGAUUCCAAGUCAAGUUCAAAAGGAGGAGAGAGGGCAAAACCGAUUACUAUGCCCGCCGGCGACUGGUGGUUCAGGACAAGAAUAAGUACAAUACGCCAAAGUAUCGGCUGAUUGUCCGCUUCACCAACAAAGACAUCACUACACAGAUAGCCUACGCUAAGAUCGAGGGCGACGUUAUUGUCUGUAGCGCUUACGCUCACGAAUUGCCCCGCUAUGGUGUCAAAGUCGGUCUGACCAACUAUGCCGCUGCCUAUUGUACUGGAUUACUACUGGCCCGACGUUUGUUGAAAAAGUUUCAUUUGGACGACAUCUACAAAGGCUCUGAAACUGUAACCGGCGAACAGUAUAAUGUUGAAGACAUUGAAGGCAAACCCAGGGCUUUCCGAGCCUAUCUGGAUGUUGGUCUGGCCCGUACGACAACUGGUGCCCGUAUUUUCGGUGUAAUGAAAGGAGCGGCCGAUGGCGGCAUCGAUAUACCCCAUUCGACCAAACGUUUUCCCGGCUAUGACAGCGAAAGCAAAGAGUUUAGCGCCGAUGUUCAUCGACAACACAUUUUGGGUCAACACGUGGCCGACUAUAUGAAGAGUCUGAUGGAAGAGGACGAAGACGCCUAUAAGAAACAGUUUUCGCGUUUCUCUAAAUUGGGUAUUACUCCGGAUGAGUUGGAGGGCAUCUAUACGAAAGCUCACGAAGCCAUCCGAGCUGAUCCCGAACUUAAACCAACCGUUAAGAAGACCUACGAGACAAAGAAACGCUGGAAUGCAUCCAAGUUGUCGUUGGCGGUCAAGAAGAAUAAGAUUGCCCAAAGAAAGAAGGCUGUUAUCCAACGAUUGGAAGCCGGAGACGCUGAAUGAAGAUAAAUAGACCAUCGAUGACGAUAAUGGUUGAUAUUAUUUUGAAAUUUAUAACUAAAAUAAAAAUUGGAUAUUUAAAAAAAAC